UGAAAGCUGCUGUUUAUAAAAAAAAAAUCUUAUAUCGCGGAGUGAUACAAGAAAAAGUCACAAAGAGUCAUAUAUGUGUGAAAAUAUUUUUAUUUUUGUUAAUCCCAAUGCAAGAAUCCUGGGAAGCAGUUUUGAAGCCAGUGAGUUUUUCCAAAUAUGAGGAAUUAUGGACCACGAAGAAGAGUUUCUCAAUUCAUUCUUUACCCAAGUGACCCAACUCUGUUUUGAGAAGGCUAAAGAAUCUGUCGAAAAGGAAAGAGAAUCAUGUCGUUUGGCACAAAUGGGCCCAUGGGGAAUGCUGCUAAUGCACCUUCCUCAAAUAGCAUUAGCGGAACGCUCUUACGUGGAUUUAGGUUUUCUGCGCACCAAGAACAAAGGCUUCCUUCGAAAGGACAACUCGUUAAAGACAAUGUACGAAUCACUAAAAGGCGACUUGAGGAGAGUCGAGGAAAUGACGAGGGGAACAAACGCAGUAGGAGCGACUGUUGCUGAAGUUUCCAGUGAAUUAUCCGAAUUCGUCACAGCGCGAAUACAAUUAAUGGAUUUCUAUGAAAAGAUGUACAACAUGAGUGCCACCAGCCGAUCAAUGAAUCAUCUUGAUUUGUUGCAAGAUAUUAAAGUUAUAGUUGACGCACAUUCCCUAUCCUGUUCACAUUUGGCAUUAACUGCAAUUAAAGCUGCCCUGACAUUGGAAUGCGAAAUACUAUUACAACUGAUUAAAGCUCACGUUGAAAUUCAAAACUGGAAGUUUCUUCCUUCGUUGAUGGCACUUUAUGGUGCUCAGGCUCGAAUGGCGGCUUGGGAGCGCACUUUGCAAAAUAAAGAGUCCUGGAAACUUGGUUUUGGAGCGACUUUCCUAAAAGCUAAUCAGCAACCGGUAUUGUAUCAGUGGUUGCUGAAACUGAGGAGUGCCGUCUUAUCGAAAUGUUCACUAUAUUUUCAUACAACUCUGAGUCAGCAGGCAAGUCCUGGGGAGAUGAGAAGCAUCAUGAGCAGGCAGAACGUUGACUACUAUCAUAAACUGCAGAGUUUUCAGAGAAAGUGCGACGUUUUGGCUGUUGUAAUUGUUUUCGAUUCGAGGGGUACUCAAGAUUCUGGGCCUGGUUAUAAACAUCCUAAGAGGGAACCGACUGGCGGAGAGGAUUUUUUGCAUGUUGUUAGUUGCCCUAGUAUGUUUCUACAGAAGCCAUUGGCUCAUUGGGAUAAUAUUCGGGAAGGUAUAGAAGACCAUUCUGCUGAUCUCAUUGCUAUGGAUAAAAUAAUAUACCUCAAAGGACACAAUCAAAAGGAAUCCUAUAUUUACGCCAUGUACAAUAUAGAUACAAGAAUGACUUUAGUCACGGUAUUCGAGAGUGGAAAGCAGAAAGAUAAAGGGCCUCACGUAACGACGUUUAUGACAGAAUUAUGUGUGCAGAUGAGGUGUAACAAAGUUUACGAGAGUCUAAAGCUUUUAAAAUGAUGGAAUAUUUUCCUUUUAAAACGUAAAUAUCAAAAAGAAUAUUUAUUCAAAAUUGUCGAGCCAGAAACAAAUUUUUGACAAUAAAAAGGAUAUGGAUCUUUAAAAAAUAUAAUUAACAUAAUUAUGUGCAUACAAGCGAUUGUACACGACAUUACACUUAAGCAAAUUAAUGUAGUUUGUCAAGUGAAAUUACCUUUCAUGUAAUAAAUUCCUACUUUUGUGUACAAA